AUGAAAGCAGUUGGAAAAGGUUUAAAUCUUUGUUGUAUUUGUCCUUCGAAGAAACCAUUUGUUGUCAGUACACCAGAAUCAUUUUCAAAGCUUCCAAACGGCGGUUGUCAAAAACAUUGUGAAAGUCGUCUAUUAUGUGGUCAUCAAUGUGUAUUAUCGGGUACAUGCGAUUUAUGUCAACAUGGUCAGUUGCAUUUGCAAUGCCAAGAAACAUAUGAAAAAACAUCAAUUUGUGGUCAUGUUUAUUCUGGACUCUGUCGAGAAACUUGUCUACCAUGUAUGCUUCCGUACGAAAAUCGCUGUCCACAUUCGAGAUGUACAAGAUUAUGUUCAGAAGUGUGUAAUACUUGCAAAGAAGUUUGUACGUGGUCUUGUGAACAUCAGAAAUGUACAAAAUUAUGUUCAGAACCAUGUGACCGUAAACCGUGUAAAAAUAUAUGUCAAAAAUUAUUGAAAUGUAACCAUCAACUGAAUGGUUUCGAUUAUUAUAUGAAAGAUUUUGCUGCAAAACAAAAACAUUAUAAUUCAAUUCAAUUACCAUUAUGUCCAAAAUGCAAAAGUCCAAUAUGUCGUUAUGCAAGAUAUAAUUCAAUUGUAAAUGAAAUUCAAUUAUGGAUUGAAAAAAUGAAAUUGAAUCAACAAUACGUAUUGAUAACAACAGUAAUAGCACAACGGCAAAAAAAAUUAACUAGUAAACUUUCUUCGUAUAUCAAAUCUAACAAUAAUACUACAUUAUUUGAAAAUCUACUAGCAUUAUUACUUAAUCAAACUGAAAUGACUUUAGGUCACUUAAAUUAUAUUGAAAAUACAUUUAUAUUUUUGAAAGAGAUUAAUCAUUUAUCACUGAAUAUUAAACAACAAUUUUCGGAAGUUGAUGAUAGAUAUCAACAAAUAAAUGAUUAUUUACAACGUAUUAGUUUUUAUGUGGAUGAACAAAACUAUGAGAUAAAAGUUAAGAAAAUACAAGUCAAUGUUGGUAGUGAACAAAAGACAAUAUUAAAUGAAUUAAAAAUAUUAACAUCGAAAUAUCGCCCUUUUAUAAUGAAAAACUGUCAAAGAUUUGAUAUGCUGUACGAACAGAUUAAAAAUGUAUUGAAUUUAUCUGAACUUUGCACAACAAAAGAUCAGCAGAUUCAAAUUGUUAGUGAAACAGAUGGACACAAAUUGUUCCUUUGUUCGAAUGGUCAUCCCUACAUGAGAUAUAGUGAAACUGAUCAAUCUAGUCAUUGUCAUGAAUGUACUUUACAAACUGGUGAAUCAACUCAUUGA